UUACAGAGCAAAUAUUCGACCCUGAGAUAUAAAAGCAACGUUUCAAAGAAAUUUCUUUUUUUUUCACAAAUUUAAUGAUUAAUGUGUCAUAAAUGACCGUAGAUCUUUCUAAUUGAUUAUCUUAUAACAUAUUCCAUACCUUUAACCAUCUGAUGUUUGAUUAUGCUUGAAAUCUUGGAUUUUAUAACUAAUCAGUAAAUGUUCUGUACCUGUCAGAUACAACUGUGACUGUGUAUAUAUGUUGGCUUAGAGUUAGACAUAGACACAUUUGCAGUGAUGGUAUUUGCCUAAAUUUUCUCUAUACUGAUAGAAAUUCUUGAAUUGAGUCAUACAUAACUUUUCAAAAAUGGAGAGAAUCGACAGUACAGCUGCAAUGGCUUCAUUAGCCUCAUAUGACGACAAAUCUGACAAAUCUGACGAUGAAGGCAUUGUAAACAUAGCAUCUGUUGACAAUAUUUCUGAUGAUGAAGAUGAAGAUUCAAGACCACCAUCACAACCUGUUACAACCCUAGAACUGGAAGAUGAAAACAGCAAAUCUGAAUCAACCCCACAGGCACAGGACACUGCACCAAAACCAAAACCACAUAGAAAAAUAACAAGACUGGUAUCUAAUUAUGGAUUAGAUGAAGAGGAAGGUGAUGAAGAUGAUAUGAGUAUAUCCUCUGAGGAGGAAGAAGAGGAAGAGGAGAGUUUGUAUGGACCAGAAAAGAGAGUGGAUAGAACUACAUCAUUGAAUGCUGAACAGGCCUCAUCACUAUCAAGAAGUAUGCUUAACAAGUCUUUUGAUGAAAUAGAGAUUCCACCAGCUCCACCUGGGAAAUGUCCAGCUAAAUUACAGGACAAAAUAUCUGGUUUGUUUGAAAAGAUGAGAAAAGGUUUAGAUAUGAAUGAUAAAAUACAAAGAAGGAAAGACUUCAGAAAUCCAAGUAUUUAUGAGAAGUUAAUAGAGUUUAUUGGAAUAGAUGAAAAGGGAUCAAAUUAUCCUGCUGAGGUAUUUGAUCCGCAUGCUUGGGGUAAAGAAUCGUUCUACGAUCAAUUAGACAAAGCUCAAAAAGUUGAAAUGGAGAAAAGAGAGAAAGAAAGAAAAGAUCGAACAAAGAUUGAAUUUGUAACCGGAACUAAAAGACCUACAUCUUCCACCGAUGUCACGUCAGGAGAUGAUAAAAAAAGAAAGACAAAGUGGGACAAUCAACCAACAUCAAAUGUGACUGGUUCCCGAGGAGGAUUACCUGGUGUUAUUAACCCUAAUGUGGUGUCAGGUUCUGCUUCAGGAACUAAAUCUACAGUUAUACCUGCAACAGGAAAUAUUACCAAAAAAACAAAAUGAUUUGUGAUCAGUGACAAGUUUAUGACUUAAAAAAUGUGAUUGAAAAAUCCACUAGUUGACAGUAUUUGAAAUUUUGGUAUGUGCCACAACUGUGGUUACCAAACUGCUACUGAAUAUGAACUUGAGCAGCAUAAAAGCUAAGAAAGAAAUACAUACAGGAAAUCAUUCACUCUUGUUAGUAAGAGUUAUCUCCCAUUUUUAUGGUAAUUACCAUAUUAAAGCAUGUACAUCAGUUUUUGACAUUUUAUAAUUUUCAAAUAUUUCUGUGAUUGAACUCCAUUAUCAUUUUGAAUUGUAUUAUGAAAUUACACAAGAAAUUAUUCUAUCCCCCUAAAAAUUACAAAUGAACAACAUAUCCUAGGUGAGAGACAACCCUUUAAAAUUCAGCAUGGGAGACAAUUAUGAAAUAGAUUGAAGUUUGAAUAUGCAUUUUGUUAUACUGUUAUUUUGAAAAACAAUAUAAAACAUUUACAAUUUUGUAUGAAACAUAUGCGUUUGUAUUCUAAUCAUAACAUUAAAAUUUCAUUUGUACAUUU